AUGCCUGCAAUUAACCCCCAAGAUGAAUCGGAGAUGCCGCCUAGGAUCAUCCUCUCCAGAGGCACUACAGAUAUCUCGCAGAGUGUAUCAAGGAGUGCAUCGAGAAAUGCCUUAGGGAAUGGUGAUAAUGGGAGACUGUCACCUCGAAAUUCCAACCUCUUGGAAUCGGUGUACAUGGAUGAAGAUGGGUCGUUUAGUGCAAAUGACGAAACGGAGAAUGAUGUGACGUCCAACAAUGACCUCAAGAGUUUCCAUUCUGUGGCUGAGGAUUAUAAACGACUAUCGAUGUUUUCAAAACAUCACGACGUUGAUGGGGAUCAUCAGGAUCCCUCCUUUCUUGAUACACUAGCAGAUACUUCAAAGAGCUUGUUCAAUAAAACAACAACAACUACACGGAAACUUCAUCCUCAUGGAGAGAAAAAACCCUUGAAAAUUGAAAUCCCCUCCUCACAUGAAGAUGAAUCAAAUUGGCCUGCAAUUACUCCCAUUUUGAAAACCCCUGCAAGGUUUCGGAAAUCUCAAGAAUUGGAUGAAGACUUGUCCUCGGUAUUAGAUGAAGCAUUAUUUUCAAGUGUUUGGAUGCCCACAGAUUCGGCUCCACCUCAAAACACUAGACACUCACCAAAGAAAACCGUAAAUGCUGACAGCCACCAAAAUCUUAGAAGGAGGAAAGCCAGCUCAGCCUCUUAUAAUACAGAUUCCUUCAACUAUGACUUGGAAUUGAACGAUGCAAUACCAAUGAAAGAUUUAUCUACUGGCAUAAACAAUGGUAUAAAAGUUGACAAUUACAUGGCUUCAAACCAAUCUCAACAGGACGUAUUCCUACAGGUUCCAGAUCAAACCCGUCCAAUGAUUGUCAUAGAUUCAUCCAACAAUAGUUCCUUGCUUGAUAUGAGCUUGAAUAUAAGUCAACAAUCGUUACCGCAAACAAUAAAGGACGCAAAAGCGAAACCGGUUUCCCGUAAGCAAGGAAUAUCAAAGAUGUUUGCUAAACUCUCAAAUGUGGUCAAUGCAGAUUCCCCUCAUAUUGAUGAAUCUGACGAGGAAGACAAUUUUGACAACCGUCAAGACGAACAAGAAGCAGCCACAGAAUCUGAACACCAAAGUGAAACAAUGAGUAGGGAUGCACCCACUGGUUCUUCACGAUUAUUUCAGGAGGAACUGCCAUCGAAUAAAAGGUAUUCGAAUGGAUCCAUUCUAAAGCUUUACAUGGAUGAAAUUGAUAGGAAAAAUCACCAAAAUGAUGAUAUUAUAUCGGUGUUGAACAUUGAGCAAACUGACGAAAUUUCAGUGAGUAGCAAUGAGGAGCCUCCCCCCUCACAUGAAAUACCUGGUAACGGCGAUGAUAUAAAUGGGGGAAACGCCCCUCGUUUAUACGGAAAUUCCUUGAAGAUUUUCCCCCCAGAUUCUAAGUUACGGAGCUUAUGUUAUAAAAUAGUUACCAGUCCGAUAACUAACCAGUUUUCGGUGCUUUUGUUAACUACCCAAGUGGGAUGGCUAGCUUUUCAGCAGUGGAAGGCUGAAUACGGAUUUGUGUUUAAUAAAGGCCCUACAAAUGCAGAUUGGGCCAUGCUAAGUUAUUACAUUCUUUAUACACUUGAAAUGCUAGCUAAAAUUGUUGCUUUUGGAUUAUAUGACGACUCACAAAUGAUUGAGGCCUUGCGAUUGCAAAGAUAUGAAAAUGAAUUACAGAAGUUCUACAAAAGAACCUUUCAGAGACUAAAAAACAGUAAAUUCUUCAAUAAGGACAAGAGAAACCCUAAGAUAUCUUUGCCACUAAGUCCAGUUUCGGGUGCUACCCAUACAGAUGACCCCUUUGAUGAUUCAUAUGCAAUCAAUCCAUUUGAACAACAUGUAGUCACACCUGAAUCAGCAUUAGAACAACCACAGGAAAUAGACGAUACAUACGAAACCCCUGAUGCUUUGCACCAUAAUAAAUUGAAUCAUUCCACCAGAUAUGCGUAUUUACGUACAAAUUGGAACAGGGUUGAUUUUGUAUCUAUAUUGAGUUUUUGGAUUCAAUUUGGAAUGACAUUCAAUUAUAAGGAUAUACAGAAAGUUCAGGUAUUUAGAGCUUUGAUGUGUUUGCGAAUUUUGAGACUAUUAAAUGUCACUAGGGGUUCAAGAAUUAUUCUCAGGGGCCUCAAUGAUGCUGCUUCACAAUCAAAAAGUGUUAUUCUUUUUCUCAUGUUGUUCUGGAUUUUGCUCAGUAUAAUUGGUGUUGAAACAUUCGAGUCCUCUUUUCGUCGUCAAUGUGUGUGGACAAAUCCCAACAACUCUUCUGAUACGUAUUUACACGAAUUGCAGUUUUGUGGUUCUUAUUUUGAGCCGGGAACGUUGGAGAUACUUCCCUACCUUAACCAAUUUGGAGAGCCUUCUAAAAUUGCCAAAGGUUUUGCCUGUCCGGUGAAUUCAAAAUGCAUUAUUGGAGAAAAUCCCUACAAUGAUCAUCUCUCGUUUGACAAUAUCGUAUAUUCACUUCAGUCCCUCUUUGUUGUUAUGUCUGCCAACACUUUUACUGAUUUGAUGUAUUAUACCAUGGAUAGUGACACUAUGGCCUCCUCUUUAUUCUUUAUCUGUGGAAUAUUUAUUUUGGAUGUAUGGAUGAUCAACCUAGUUGUUGCAGUCAUUCUUCAUUCAUAUAAGACAGAAGAACGACUACAGAAGCCUCACAUUUCUUGGCUUGAAAAAUCAAGGCAGAGGUAUCAACAAUUUGUUUCUAAUAGUAAGUUAAUAAAGUUGUGGAAAAAAGUUGAAUACAUUUUUGUUCUUAUAAUACUGAUUUCAUUUAUCUAUGGUUGUACCAAAACAAGAGAAGAUGGUGUCUUUCCCAAACAAUACAAUACGUGGGAUUUCAUAACGAGUAUAAUUUUAAUGGUCGAGGUGAUUUUAAGGUUUAUGAUCUUUGUUCUUGCUGGAGACUGGAAAAUGUUUUUCUUUUCGGGGUUCAACAUCAUUGAUUUGUUUUUGGCAACUGUUACUCUGGUCAUCAGCUCACCUACUGUAUACAACUCCAUUAGCUCGGUGGCAUACGGAUGGUUGUCUAUUUUUGGAAUUUUGAGGUUUUACAGAGUCAUCGUGUCCAUAAAACCUGUCAGAGAGUCUUGGAAAAUUGCUCUAAAAAGAGUCAAACCUUUUGUCGAACUAAUUAUUUUUGGAGCAUUGCUUUUGUUUUUUGUCAGUAUAAUCAUGUCACGGCUGUUUGAAGGGGUCGUCCCAGAAGAAGAAAUGAGCGAUACUCCUUGGGCUAUGUACAAUUUGCCGAACUCCAUCGUUUCUCUAUUCAUAAUCAUGACUACUGAGAAUUGGUCAGAUAUCCUAUAUGUUGUUGAACAGUACUCCAAUUCUACAUUUAAUGCCAUGUGCUAUGGAUGCUUCUUGAUAUUUUGGUUCUUUUUAUCAAAUACCGUUUUGAUGAGUAUUUUCAUUGCUAUUAUCACUGAUAACUUGGAAUUGUCGGAUGCAGAAAAAAAGAUCAACCAAAUAAAGCAAUUCAUGAAGUCAUGUAUAAAGCAAUCCAAAAAUUCCUCAGAGGAAGGUAUCAUUGAUUUGGUGAGAAACAAAUUUGUGGCAGGUUCACAAUCAGAAGAGGCAAAUGAUUUUUUGGCACGUAUGAAUGAAUUAAUGCUUGCCAAUGGAAAACCCCCAAUAGACAUCAGCAAGUAUGAGGUUGGAGAUGACGAUACUAUGAAAGGUAGAAUACUUAUGAUGAAGAGAGAUAUUAUUGAAAGUUCUUUUUAUAAAAAAGUUCAGCCCUCAAUUGAUGCUGCAAAACACCACAUUAAAGUGUUCUACUAUAACUAUAUACGAAGAAGUGUAAAGUUACUCUUCCUGGGGAGGAAAGAUGAUGAAAACAGAAUUUAUUCAAGAGACUCUGAAGCAAACAAUCUGAAUGAAAACCAUAAUUUUCAAAGGCCACAAAAUGUUGAUAGGUCAUUACUUGUCUUUACAAAUGAAAAUCCAAUCAGAAGAUUUUGUCAAAUGUUUAUUUCACCAACCAACUUAAAAAGAACAGAGGGAAGACAACCGGCACCAAAAUGUAUGAUUACUUUCUCCAUCUUUAUGUUUUUAUCUUCUAUUGUUGUUGUGAUUUUGGCUUGUUAUGAGACCCCCCUAUACAGAAUGAGUAAAUUAAGUUACAAUAUUUAUAAUAGUUGGAUGGUUUAUCCAGAUGCUAUAUUUAUUGUCAUAUUCACUGUUGAGUUUUUCAUGAGAGUUAUAGCCGACGGGUUAUUAUUUGGCCCCAGGGCAUACUUCAAAUCAUUUUACAAUUUCCUUGACUUUUAUGUGUUAAUGUCUUUUUGGGUGCCAAUUGUCUCGGUUCUUUCUGACAACUACACAUUGCUUGUUACGUUUGAUGCUGUCAGAGCUUUUCGUACUUUUAGAUUACUUACUAUCAACAAACAGACACAGAUGGUGUUUAAUAUUGCUAUUAUAUCCGGUGCUAUGAAGAUUAUCUCUGCAGCUUUAGUUUCGUUAUCUUUGCUCAUUCCCUUUUCUCUAUGGGGAUUGAACAUUUUUAGCAAGGAAAUGUCUAGUUGUGUUGAUGGCGUAUCUGCAUUGAAUGAUUGUAGAUUUGAAUAUACAAAUACAGUAUUCAAGUGGAACGUGCUUAGCCCAAACUAUGUUGAAACACCUUUAUUGUAUUUUGACAAUUUUGGUAAUUCGUUCAAUUCGUUAUUUCAAAUCUUGUCACUAGAAGGUUGGGUUGAUCUUCUAGGUGACGUAGUUAACAUCACUACUUAUGGCGAACAACCAAAUUUGUUUUAUACACCCGGGAAUGGGUUUUUUGUUAUAUUUUUCAUUUUUGUGGCUACCAUCUUCAUUAUCAACUUAUUCAUUUCUAUCAUCAUCAAUAAUUAUCAAGUUCAAACUGGUAUUGCAUUUCUAAGCAAUGACCAGUAUGGGUGGUAUGAAGUGAAAAAAGUGUUGAGUAGAGUAACUCUUGGUAAAGGAAUAAAUGAAAGCAAUAUGAGUUAUUGGCAAAACAGAGUAUACAACUUCAUUACUAAAAAGAAGGGAAUUUGGUCAAGAUACACUGCGUUCAUAUUAUUGCUGCAUUUUGCUGCUUUGGUUUCGGAAUGUUAUCCAGAUUCAUACAAUGGUGAAAGUGUAAGAACUGGUAUAUAUUUAUUUACCACUUUGAACCUUUUCAUCAACCAAACACUUUUUCUCUAUGCAAUUGGAAUGAAAGCUUUCUUUACUAAAAAGUGGAAUAUUAUCAUAACCUUCCUUAUUACUACUGCGUUUAUUAUGUCUGCUUUUGCUCUUAACUAUAGGUCUAAGAAUGUCUUUUACAAUCUCUACAAGGUUUGCUUAGUGUCAGUUUUGUGCUUGGCCAUUCCACAGAUUGACGCCUUAUACCAAUUACUUAAAUGUGGCUCUACUGCAUUGGUUUCAUUAUUAACAAUAUUAUACACCUGGUUGGUGCUAUAUCUAGCAUUUGCGAUUGCAAUGAAUCAAGUCUUCGGGCUAACGAAGAUAGGACCGAAUACUUCUGGUAACAUCAAUGCCAGGACUGUAACAAAGGCUCUCAUCCUGUUAUUCAGGAAUAGUUUUGGUGAAGGAUGGAAUUACAUAAUGGAUGACUUUAAAUUAUCAAUGCCAUAUUGUACUUCUUAUGGACAGUAUACAGAUUGUGGAAACAUCAUUGGGGCUCAAAUAUUUUUCAUUGUUUGGAACAUUUUGUCAAUGUACAUUUUUUUGAAUAUCUUGAUUUCUGUGGUCAUCACCAACUUUAGUUAUGUUUAUCAUGGAUCUGGCCCUCAUAAGUUGAUUACACGUGAGGAACUUCGCAAAUUUAAAAAGGCAUGGAGAAAAUUUGAUCCAAACGGUACUGGAUUUAUUUAUGAACACGAUCUCUACAGGUUUUUGUCCUCUCUUGAUGGUGUCUUGUCGUAUCAUGUUUAUCCCAAAUAUGUUUCUCUCGGCUCUAUCUAUCGUAGAGUUGUCCUCGAUGAAAAUCCAGGAAAUGGUUAUGAUGUCAAAAUAAACGUCACUAGAUUGGAGGAGAUCCUCUCUUUAAUCGAUUAUGGGGAGAUCCGUCAAAGAAGGCUCAGGUAUGCAAGAUUAGUUUCUGAGCUUUUGAAUACCGCAACCAUAGUCCCCGUGGAUAACGAGAGCCACCACCAAGUGGGGGUUAUUCGGAAAAUCCCAUUUAGUGAUUCCCUGCAGUUAGUUGGAUUUUAUUCGACAUUUGAAGAUAGCACAUGUUUGAAUUUGGAAGAUUUUCUACGGCACUCUGCCCAAAUUCGUUUAAUUAACAGGGAGUUAAGAAAAGAGAAAAUUUUACUUACUAUUAAGAUGAUAUUUACAAGAUUACGUUAUAAAUAUGCCCUUGAUAAAGGUAGAGUUUUUGAGAAAUUGAAAAAUGCUGACAGCUUAUCAGAGAAGCAGCAAAUUAAGGAGGAAUUGAGGAAGCAACUGAAGGGAAAGGAUAUAUCCUUAGAAGUUCUCAUGGAUAGACUAAACGAUACCGAUGAGGGUCAUCCUGUUUUUAGCAACCAGUUGUACAGGGCAAUGUCCCAAAGCAGCAGAAAUCCAUUUAAUGAUGGCUAUGUCUUGAGGAACCUGGAUGACGAUGAAAUUUCAGUCGUUGAUUCUAGUUCCGGUGAGAGUGACGACUAUAAGGAUAUCUUUAACAAAACUGAGUUUACAGUUAAAAGCAAACGAUCAUAG